GGCGAAACGACCUGAACUCAAAGGGAGCAUUGCAUCGAGCAAGCAGUUCAGUCUCGGAGAAGGUAGAAGCUGCAAACAGAUUAUGAGAUAUGGAGGUCGGAGAGAACUGUGAUGUCACAGAAAGUGCAGCGGUGGCAAGGGACACUGAACACUGCUCAGUAGUCAAGGCAACUGAGGAAAAUAGUAACAAAGAUAUAAAUGGUGAAGGUAGCCGGAAAUUCAAAGAGGAGAGUGUUGAUGAGAAGUGUGAUGACAACAAUAUAGGGAGUAGGACGUACAAAGAGAAGUGUAGAGAGAACCACAGAACUGAAGGUAGAAAUAUUGAAUUCAGAGCAAGUGAAGGGAGUCACAUAGUGGAAAUCAAGAGUGAGAGAAAUCACUCUCCAAAUCUAUUUCUAAACGAUGGUGGACAGUUAGACGAGUUAGUGGAUUUGAAAAUGGAAGUGGAGGAAGAGGAAGAUGUUCCCCAGGAUGAUGAGAAACCAUUGGAAUGUGAGAUGUGUGAUGAGGUCUUCCCUUCCCAAGAAGAUUUAGAAGAACACUUGAUGACUCAUGCUGGAUCAACUCUAUACGAAUGUACCGUGUGUCAAAGGAGAUUCCCUUGUGCCAAGUAUAUGAUGAAUCAUAUGAAGAUGCAUGAAAGCAAACAGGAUUCACACACUUUUCAGUGUGGUGUUUGUAGAGAGCAAUUCAAACAGGAACAGGUACUUCAUGAACACAUGGCUGUGCAUUCUGGCAUUUCAAAUUGUGAACUCCAUGAUGAGAAUUGGAAUACCGGCACAAGAAGUAUGGUAGAGAUUCCACAGACACACCAACUACAUACCAUUAAAACCUUCAAAUGUACUCAAUGUAAAAAGAUAUGCUUGUCUGGAGAAGAAUUAAAGGAACAUAAAAAAAUUCAUGAAACUGAUAAGCAUCCCUGUCAAAUUUGUGGCAAGAAAUUCUCACGGGAAAAUCUGAUCACUCACUUAGUGCAGCAUAGUAGAGAUCUUGCGUAUCUCUGCCGCGUGUGUAAACUAGUGUUCACAGAAAAGUCGCAUCUGGACAAUCAUAUACAAAGUAAGCACUGUGUGGAUGCAAUAAUGCUCUGCGGUUUCUGUAAGAAUUCCUGUUUCAGGCGUUCAGACUUAGAGAAACAUUUGAAGUCUCAUGUGAAGAAGGUUUAUAAGUUGCGGGAGACAACUGGAGAACCUUAUAGUUUGAGAACAAGCAUGCAGAGAUUUUUUGCUUGUGAGUUAUGUGAAGAGAACUUUCUUACUGAGCUGCAGUUGCUGGUUCAUAUGAAGAACCACUGCAUCGAAAAUAUCUUAUCACACCAUAAUAGUGUUCCGAUUAAUAACAAGGAAGCACAUUCAACCAGUGAAGUUCCACAUCUUGCCCAGUCUGCUGUUGAUAAACAACCAAACACCCAAUCAAUGGUUCUUAAACUAGUGAAGCAAAGCACUCCACUACCUGCGAGCAUCCUUGUUCCUAAGGAGGUGAACCAGAAUAGUGUUAAAACAGGACCGUCAUUACGCAUUGCAAACUUAAACCAAACUGACGAAAUGUCACAAACCACUUUACUUAAGGUGGUGAAUUCAGGUUCCGGUAAAGUACUGGUGCCAGUCCCAAAUAAGAACAAAAUGCAUUCAUCAGAGAAGCAAGACAAAGGGAUGUCUGACCUGACUAUCGAUCGAUCCCUCAGCAGUCAACAACCAGCAAUGUUAAUCUAUCAAGUGAACAAAUAUGAUACUCCAGUAGAUUUUGAUUCCAGUUUUCAUAGCGCCGUGCAAAAUUUUCUGACGAACCCAAAUCCGCAACAACUAGAGGCCGAUGAAGAUAUUCCUCUGCCAUCAUUAAACUAUGAAUGCAACAUGUGUGAAAAGGACUUGCAUACCACUGGCCGUCUGUAUGAACACAUAGUUGAACACAAUCAUUAUAUUUGCUCUUGUGGUGAUCAUUUGGAUGCCACGUCAGCCUUGUACAAACAUAUUUACCAUCACAAGAAGAAACAUAUUCACCAAUGUGAGGUCUGUGGAAAAACCUUCCACCGAUUAAGUAGACUGAAGCCCCACCUAAAAGCUCACAACAGGGAGUACAAGUGUGAAGAAUGUGGAAAGACAUUCUCCUGGUCCAACUGUCUCCGCAAGCACAUGCUGAUACAUAAAGGCGAAAAGUCCUUCAUCUGUGUCAAAUGCGGCAUGGCAUUUAACGUACAAUCUGCCUUGACACGGCAUGAAAAAACUCAUACCGAUCAAAAGCCCUUUCAGUGCAAUGUGUGCGAGAAGAGAUUCAGGGUGAGGGAUAACCUUCAUGUCCACAUGCGCGUCCAUACUGGUGAGAAGCCUUACCAGUGUGAAAGAUGCGGACAAGCCUUUAAUCAUAAUGUCUCACUGAAAACUCACCUCAAAAAAUAUCAUUCAGAGGAUAUGUAAUGGUGGGACUGUAACAAAUGGGGAAAUUUUGUGGAUUUAUUCAUCUAAGUUAUGAAAUGCUUGUGCCAUUUAUGUCCAGGUGUUCUUAAAUAUCCAUAUUUUGUGAUAAUGACAGGUGAAAAUUAACUAACUGUUAAUACUGUGCAUUUAAGAUGUCUACAGAGUGUAGUUUUGUUGUGUUCAAGUGAGGAAAAUUAAUUAUUUUACUGGUAGUGUUGACAUGGCACCGAAAUGACAGCGAGACAGCUAGUGCCAGCUACAGUGUAUGUUAUGUUAAGAAUAAGGAAUACAUGAAUACACUCAAGAUAUGUAUAGAUAUUUUGUAUUAAGCUAAUAUAAAAAUAAUGGAAAUAA